AUGACGGGAGGCUCCGCGCCGAGCAGCAGCGCGAAUUACGACGAGGCGCAAGUGCCGAAGAAGCAGAUCUCGUCGCGCCUGGCCAAAUUCGGGCCGACGGUCUUCGCGGAGUUCUCCGCGCUCGCCGCGAAGCACGGCGCCGUGAACCUAGGCCAGGGCUUCCCUAACUUCGACGGGCCGUCUUUCGUCAUCCAAGCCGCGCAGGCCGCCUUGCAGGCCGGCAACCUAAACCAAUACGCGCCGGUCGCGGGCGUCCCCGCGCUCACGGCGGCCAUCGCGGCGCGAUUCUCAGAAUCCACGGGCGUGGAGAUUAAAGAGCCCGCGCAGGAGAUCACCGUGACGUGCGGAUGCACGGAGGCCAUAGCGGCGACGAUCUUAGGAUUAGUAGACGAGGGCGACGAGGUAGUAGUAUUCGAACCGUUCUACGACUCUUACAUCGCGAUGCUCUCUCUCGCCGGCGCGGUAGUGCGCCCCGUCACGCUGCGCCCGCCCACGUGGCAGCUGGACGAGCAGGCGCUGCGCGCGGCGUUCCAGCCGUUGACGGAAGGCGCGCGCACGCGGGCGGUCCUAAUCAACACGCCGCACAACCCCACGGGGAAGGUCUUUUCCCGCGCGGAGCUACAGCUGAUCGCGGAGCUGUGCAAAGAGCGAGACACCAUCGCGGUAUCAGACGAGGUGUACCAUAAACUCGUCUACAAAGCACCCUCCCCUGCCGCUGCCGCCGCCGCUGCCGCAGCUGCCACCGCCGCUGGUUCCGAUUCCACUGCUUCUGCUGCUGCUGGUGCAAGCGAGGGUCACAUCUCAAUAGCGAGUCUCCCAGGGAUGUAUUCCCGCACCGUGACCCUCAACUCUCUCGGAAAAACCUACUCGCUGACUGGCUGGAAGGUCGGGUGGGCCGUGGCGCCGCCUCACCUCACAUGGGGGCUGCGGCAGGCGCAUUCUUUCCUUACAUUCUCCGUCGCCACGCCUCUGCAGCACGGCGCGGUGGCGGCUCUAGAGGCGCCCGAGUCGUUCUAUGAGGAGCUGGAGAGGGAGUACAGGAGCCGCCGGGAUGUGCUCGUGCAGGGGCUGCUUGACGUGGGCUUCACUGUGUUUGAGCCCGAGGGCACGUACUUCAUAAUGGCGGACCACACGCGGUUCAACCGGGGCUCAGACGUGGAGUUCUGCCGGUACCUGGUGGAGCACGUGGGCGUGGCCGCCAUCCCCCCCAGCUCCUUCUACCUCAACGCGCACGAGGGCCGCAACCUCGUGCGCUUUGCUUUCUGCAAGGAUGAGGACACGCUCAGAGAGGCUGUGCGAAGGAUGAAGGAGAAGCUUGUUCUGCCGCCAGCAGCCUCAUCGUGA